AUUUAAUAUAAAAGUGUUUAUGAAUCAUAACUUGUGAUAACUUGUGAAUAAAUUGUGAAAUAAAAACAUUUAUUACACAAACGUAUGGCAACUCAUAGAUAAGCGUUGAAUCGACGCCUAAAUUAUUAAUUCAAACAAAACAUAAUUAUUUGAAAUUAAAAUCACUUUACUAUUGAGUGGUAUUGAGGUUCAGAGGGUUAGCUAUGAACCAAGAAGGACCCCGAUUAACGUUCAAACAAAACAUCAAUGAGUAUAUCAAAGAUGUUGAACUCAGCGACCAAUUCGUUGCGUUAUUGCGGACACACCCUUCCAGUGAUGAACUGGAUGAUAUUCUGAAACAGAAGGAACUGGAGGUUCAGAAACGGCAGAUAUUCUUGCAGUUCACUCACGAGCGCCACGACUGCGACCUUCUGGCAAAUAUGCUGCAGGAGUCGGGUCAGGACAGGGCGGCCGACAAACUGCGCCAAUACAACAAGUCUGAGGAGCCCUGGAGUUACACCAAUGAUAUCAAGUUAAAUGUGGUGAACGCCAAAACCCUACGUUCCGGUCACUCCACUUACUUCCGUAUGGACUCCAAACCGAGGGGAAGGGCUGUCAUAUUCGUGACAAUACCGGCGCUCAGGAAUGAGACUCUCCGGUGGCAGUCAUUACUCGAACAGAUCUACUUUCGGGUGGAAAUACAUCCGGGGCUGACAUGUGAUGGCAUUAACACCGUAUUGAACGCUGUGGUCGAUGACCGCAAUGAAGGAGAUUCACUGAUAGUGAUGUUCAUAGGGCACGGACACGACGAGAAGGUGCUGGGGUCUGGUGAGGCACCGGGCGAUGAGAUGUCCGUUAAGACUAUUGUCGACAAGUUUUCUGAGGAUAAGUGUCCCUCACUUCGCAAUAAACCCAAGAUUUUUCUGUUUAAUUGCUGUCGAAAUAAGUGGCCCGAACGCGAAGUGCCGGCUAAAUACUUGGGUAAUAGCAAGCUAUUGGUGGUUAAUUUGGAGUCCAUUGACACCUCCUGGGUCAAUGUGAAUAAGCGCACCUAUGUCAUAUACGCCUGUGCCGAGGGUGUGAAAAGCUGGUACGAUGAAGAAUCAGGGCUAACUAUAUUUGGACAGGCAUUCAGUCACACAUUAGCGCAAUACGCCUGGUAUAAGCACCUGACCGAGCUCAUUAUGAUGACACAUUCCCGGCUGGAAAGUGAGUUCAUAAACUCGAAGUAUGAGUUACGACCGGAGAUUAAGAUGAAUUCCGUGGACAGACAGCUGUACCUCAAUCCAGGCCUACCGCGAAGUUAAUGAGUGUUUGAUUGAAAUGAGACAAUCAUUUGUCAAAUUAUGUUGACUGCCAUAUAUAGUGCCAUUUAUUUAAUUAAUAUUGCAAAUAAACAUUUGGUUUUAAUUCUAA